CAUGAAACCCUCGUCUUCCUUCGUUAAACAUAUAAAAGCUACUAGAAUGAAUUUGGGAGAAAGUAAAAUUGAUUAGGGUUUCUUUUCAUCUUCCAAAUCCAGCGUACCUUCAAAGCUCAACAAUUUCCCUCAAAUCAAUCCAUGGGUUCUGCAUGCAAGGACGACAGGGAGGAAGUCAUUCAGGCGUGGUACAUGGAUGAUAGUAAUGAAGACCAAAGGCUUCCCCAUCAUAGGGAGCCAAAGGAAUUUGUGUCCCUAGACAAACUUGCAGAACUUGGGGUGCUUAGUUGGCGGUUAGAUGCUGAUAACUAUGAAACGGAUGAGGCAUUGAAGAAAAUUCGUGAAUCACGUGGAUACACCUAUGUGGACAUCUGUGAGGUUUGCCCAGAAAAGCUGCCGAAUUAUGAAGAGAAGAUAAAAAACUUUUUUGAAGAGCAUCUUCAUACUGAUGAGGAGAUCCGCUACUCUAUUGCUGGAAGUGGGUACUUCGAUGUGAGAGAUCAUAAUGAUGCUUGGAUACGUGUAUGGGUGAAGAAAGGAGGCAUGAUUGUACUACCUGCUGGCAUUUAUCAUCGUUUCACGCUUGAUACAGACAACUACAUCAAGGCCAUGCGGCUCUUUGUUGGUGACCCUAUUUGGACCCCUUUCAAUCGACCACAUGAUGACUUGCCUGCAAGGAAAGAGUAUCUUGAAACUUUUGUGCAGAAGGAGGAUGCUGGUACUGCUGUUGAUGCUGCUGCUUGAGACAUAAUAAGUAAGAAACUCGAUACUUCUUGCACUGUAAUAAUCGACGGCAAAUGACGAACCUAAAUAUAGCUUGCUGCUGGAUCUCAAUCAUUUGUUUGUGUUACAUAAAAAGUUAUACCAAAAUCUUAUGUUAUAUGGUCAUGUUGGUCUAUAAAACCUAUCUAAUUAGAAAUUUAAUGCCAUUCUGAAUAGCAGCUGCACAUAAUACUAAA